AUGUUCGGGGGAUCAUGGCUAGAAACCACCAAAAGUUACAUAACUAUCGAUGUAGUUGAUCCACAAAUUACAGUAGAAUCAUUACAAAUCGUUUUUGGGUCAUUGUACAAUGAUGAAGUCAUCCUCAAUCCCAAAGAUAUUGUUCCAGUUUUAGCAGCAGCCACAAUGUUCCAAUUGGACGGGAUAAUUGAGAAGUGUACUGAAGUUAUGAUGGAGACAAUUAAUCCUAAGACUGUUUUUACUUAUUACGACGCAGCUAGUCAAUAUGGUCACAAAAAGUUGAAGGAAGCUUGCAUUUACUGGUUCCUUGUGAAUCUCAUGACGUAUUAUUACAGUGGUUCUCUGGUAACUUUACGCACAAUUCCAGUGUCUCUCAUGAUAUCUUUGGUUGCUAAUCCCGAUCUUUUCGUGAUGCAGACCGAAUUCUCCAUUUAUGUUAUGUUAAAAUUCUGGAUGUACAUGCACUUACAUCCUGAUCUGAACGAGAGUCCUCCCGUUAAAGAAAUCAAUACCUUUUACUGUUCCAGAAAAGGAGAAACUGCGUUUUUAUUGACGAAAGAAGGAGAAAAAUUCAAACCAGCCUUUAGAGGAUUAAGGUUGCACAAUCUCAUUUCACAUUACAUGGACGUGGAAAUGAUAGAAAGGGAUAACAUCGUCCCACAGCACUGGUUAAACCCUGUGGUUGUUGACCAGUGGAAAACAAUGCUCAAGAUUAAUCAGAAUGAAGACAGUGGACCCUCCGCUGAUCUUUCUGCUGAUUUGUUCUUGAACAAGAGUCUUCGUUGUGGACGGAUUUUGAACGAAAGGGGGAGACACAUGUGGCGAUGGACGGGAUUUCACUAUGGUAUCGACCUUCUCAUGAUAACAGACUGUACGACGCUAUCGAUCAAAAGGAACCACAGGCCUGAAUUUGAACAACUUCUUAGUCAACAGAAUUCCAGAAAUAUAUCGAUAAGAGUUACAGUGGUUUCUUUAAACGAACAGAGACAAGUGGUGUACAAACAGACUUCGGAAAUGAGGAAUUUAACAUUAACAAAAAGUGAAGAGAUCACUCUGAUGACGUUAGACAAAGACCUCAGGUUCCCCUUAAUAAUAUCGACGAACGUUCUAUUCACCACCCCCAAUAACCAAGAACUCCAAGAACAGACGAUACAAACUAUAGGGUAA